CCGAACGGCCUUGGAGACCAGACACACACCGACGACUGCAUCGCCGGCUUGAUGGAACAUGGAUCAGCCGGAUGCUCGCGACAUCCGGGACAGAGAUGCACCAGAAGUUGUGUAUCCAGCGAGGGAGGCAGCCAACGAUGCCAUCACGUUCCGCAUCCGUGGAAUCCCUUUGAACUGGGACUCCGAACGUUUGCAAACUUUCCUCCUCGAGCGUGAGAGUUGGGCAGGCCUGACUGUCGGGUCUCUCGCCCGCGAAACAAAUGGCCGUUCCGGAACUGGUACCGUUACUUUCCAGACGUCGCCCCCAUCACUCCAGAGGCUUCGAACCGGUGGGAGUUAUCGCAUUCAGCUGCCGCCUGGAGACCAGCCUUCCCGAAAGCAAUACCUAGUAGUCGACAAGGACUUCUAUGGCAUCACUACCCUCUACUCCCCGCCCACAGAGGAUCACAAGAUCGAUAUCGUUUCAAUAUCCGGUAUUGGUGGACACGCUUUCGGCUCCUUCAAGGAGAGGGGCGAAGACCACAUGUGGUUACGAGACUCUCUCCCAUUCGACCUCAUCUGGGAAGACACCGGCCGUCCGAUGGCACGAUCGAUUAUCUACGGCUACGAAUCGACCGUUGCGCAAAGCGACAAUAUACAAAACUUGGAAGACCUUGCAACGUCGUUCCACGCCAGUAUGCUUGCACUGGAGAGGGGGGGAACCCCAAGGCCGAUCAUCUUGGUCGCUCACAGCCUAGGGGGGCUCAUCGUCAAGCAGAUGCUAGUAACGCUAUCAAUGUCUAAGUACGACAGGGAUAUCAAACUUCUCCAGAGAGUAUAUGGAAUUGCUUUCUUUGGAGUGCCACACGAUGGUAUGGAUACUAGUUCACUCAUACCGAUGGUUGGGGACAGUCCAAACCGGUUCUUGCUCGAGUCCAUCAACGAUAUCAACUCGCAGGUUCUCAAUACCCAACGACGCCAAUUCCAUAUGGCGCUUGGUCAAGAGGGCGACUCUGAGAUCGUCUGCUUCUACGAGACGCUCAAAUCGCCAACAGCAAAGAAGGAUCAGAAUGGCUAUUGGAAAAUGAUUGGUCCACUAUCAGUGCUUGUCACUAGGGCUUCCGCUACACACUGCCGGUCCUGGGAAGAUGGCCCAGAGCACAUCUGUGCAGUCGCUCGCACACACUCGAAUAUGGUCAAGUUUGGGCCAGAGGAUCACGAAUACGAUAAGGUCUGCCAGAAACUCAAGGAACUUGCACGCCAGGCGCUGCUAGCAUGGCAGAAUCACAAUAAAUCCUCAAAAGCGGGGUGUGAAACCGCCACAUUGAAUGGUAGAGCGGCACUUACUCAACCUGACUGUCUUGAUACAGGCCAAGCAUUGUUCUUGGUCCCAUUACAGAAAAGGAAACGGUUUACAGGACGCCUUGAAGUCAUUCAGAAGCUCACUCAAAUGCUUUUCACACAAGAUGACUGCCAAAGAGUUGCAGUGCAUGGUUUGGGUGGUAUUGGCAAGACCCAAGUUGCCUUGCAAGUCGCAUUCUGGACCAAGAAGAACAUGCCCGAACACUCUGUUCUCUGGGUUUCAGCAGACAGCCAUGAUAGCUUUGAGCAAGCAUGCCAAGAGAUCAUCAAAGCCGCUGGCUUUCGACGAGCGAACAAUGAGAACCCAAAGGCCGCAGUAAGAAGAUACCUCGGAUCGAAGGAUGCAGGGAAGUGGCUUCUCCUGGUUGAUAACGCAGACGAUGAGGAUAUCCUGUUCGGAUCAGAGGAGCGACCAGAGGGAAUAUACGACUAUCUCCCACAAAGCGAAACCGGUCGGAUUCUAUUUACUACGCGAUCUCGGGUCGUGGCUUUCAACCUCGCUGAUGCUGACGUUCUGGAUUUGCAAGAAAUGACGCGACAAGAAGGGAUAGACUUAUUGGAGAAGUCGCUAGUUAAGAAAGGCCAACUUGAGAAUCUGGAUAUGGUAUCCGAACUCUUAGAGGAACUGACCUACCUUCCACUGGCGAUUGCACAGGUGGCAGACUAUUUGAACAAGACUGAGAAGUCGAUCGAAGACUAUCUACAUACGUACAAGAAGACAGAUGGAGACAAGAUCGAAUUACUGAGUAGCAGCUCUCGAGACAGAACCGGUAACAGGGACAGCCAAAACGACGUGGCUACUACAUGGGCGAGGUCUUUCGAAUACAUCUACAAGGUAGAUCUGCUUGCGAUAGAAAUUCUCUCAUUCGUCGCAUACGUUGAGCCCAAAGCUAUUCCUCGGUCGAUACUACCCUGUCUUGAAUCACGCCGGAGAAUAGACCAGGCUCUUGGAACCCUUUCUGGGGUUGGAUUCCUCACUGAACGAGGAAACAAGGUGUUCGACAUGCAUAGCCUGGUGCAUCUCAUGACACGGCGGUGGGUUGAAACCCACCGCGUAGGAGCAUCCUUGCAAAAGGCUGUUGUUCAUCUCUCGAAGAUAUUUCCGACUGAUGACUGGGAGAAUCGUCGAUUAUGGCAACAAUAUUUACCACAUGCUUUAAGAGUGCUUCAAGAUAACGAAGGCUCUGAGGGGUAUACAUAUGAGUACUACAGACUAUGUGUGAUGGUCGGGAAUUGUCUGCUGGUGGAUGGCAGCAGUAGAGAGGCAGUUGAGCUGCUACAGCGUAUUGGGGAAAGACAGACAUUGCCAGAUGACAGCCCCCAUCAUCUGACAUAUCAACACGGGCUUGCGGCAGCAUACCUCCAAAAUGGUCAGAUUGAAGAGGCAGCCAAGCUACUUCAGACGGUAGUGGCAGUGCGAGACCGAACACUGGCAGAAGAUCACUCCGAGCGAUUAGCAUCACAGCAUUUGCUUGCGAUAGCAUACCUCCAAAAUGGUCAGAUCGAAGAGGCAGUCAAGCUGAUGGAACAUGUGGUGAAUGUGCGGAACCGAAUACUAGCGGAAGACCACCCCAAUCAAUUGCGAUCACAGGAUUUGCUUGCGACAGCAUACCUCCGAAAUGGUCAGAUUGAAGAGGCAGUCAAGCUACUUCAGACGAUAGUGGCAAUACAGAGCCGAAUACUAGCGGAAGACCACCUCUAUCAAUUGCGAUCACAGGAUUUGCUUGCGACAGCAUACUUCCAAAAUGGUCAGAUCGAAGAGGCAGUCAAGCUGAUGGAACAUGUGGCGACUGUGCGGAAACGAAUAUUGCCGGAAAAUCACACCAAUCAAGUAUUGUUGCGGCAAUGGCUGGCAUACAUGUACAAUGUUAGAAGAUAACUGGAGCUGAUUGAG